CAAGCAGGGUGUGAGGGAAAGUUGUGUCGCUGCCGUUUGGGUUAAAGAAAAGGUUUAAUAUGAGAGUUACUCGCCCGCAUGCCGGUGUCUUGGCAGUGGUACUCAUAGUUGCACUACCCUUCGUAGCUUCCAAUAACACGAACACCUCCGCAAGUGCGGGCGGAGAAGGCUCGGUGACCGUGUCAGUCAGGAAAGAAGGGGAGGUCACGGGCCUUCUGCUCUUCUUUGGGGAAGGUCAAGAGGUCACGAUCAACGGAGAACAACCUGAGACAAAAUGCAUCAGGAUUAGUAACCAGAGGGAGAUCGAGGUCCGCGUCAUACAGGACGGGGUUCCUCAAGGGGAGAGCAAGAGCCCCCAAGGUCGACGAGGCGCGGCCGGGGGGAAGCGAGAGGUCAUCGCGCAGAUGGAGCUCAAGAACUGCCUGGAGGUGCAGAAUCUGGGCCACAACAAGAGCGGCGUGUACACCAUCUCGCCGUACGAGCUGUGUCCCGAGCACCAGGUGGACGUCUUCUGCGACAUGGACACCGACGGCGGGGGCUGGACCGUCAUCCAGAACCGAGACCUGUCGCAGGGGGACUUCUUCCGUCCGUGGGUGGACUACGUCAACGGCUUCGGAGACCUGUCGCACGACUUCUGGCUCGGGAUCAAGCACAUCCACGCCCUCACGAGCCAGUCCCCCUACGAGGUGCGCUUGGACAUGACCGACUUCGACAACAUCUCCCGGUUCGCGACCUACGACGGCUUCUCCCUCAGCGACGAGGCUCACCGCUACGAGAUCAGCUUCGGCGAGUACUCGGGGGGCACCGACCCCGCGCCGGACGUCGAAAACUGCGCGAUUUUGUGGGAGAGCGUGUGGUGGUUCAAGAGCUGCUACACGGCGCACAUAGAGGACGAAGAGCAGGAGGGACCCAACAGCAAGUGGCUGGAGGUCAUGUGGGGCUACUGGCGAGGCUACAACUACCCCCCGAAAAAGAGCGAGAUAAAGAUCAGGCCCAAAGCAUAGACAUCGGUUGGGAAUACAGCGCUGAGCAGUAGGCGUACCUGAGUGAGAGGAUGCGAUAAGUGUUGUCAAAGAAAGAAGGUUAUGGGCUA